AUGGACUUAGAAGGAGAGGCCGACGCAGUCCGAUGCAGAGCCUUCCCGGUAACCCUUGCCGGACCGGCGAUCAAAUGGUUCAACGGACUCCCGAACGGAUCCAUAGCCAGCUUCCAUGACAUAACACGAAAAUUCAUGGCCCAAUUCAUGACCAGAAUCGCCAAAGCCAAACACCCCAUCAGCUUGUUAGGGGUCACACAAAGGCAAGAAGAGUCCACAAGGAAAUACCUCGACCGCUUCAACGAUGAAUGCCUAACGGUCGACGGACUCACGGACUCCGUUGCAAGCCUUUGCCUAACCAACGGGCUCAUGAACGAAGAUUUCCGCAAGCACCUCACUACUAAACCAGUAUGGACCAUGCACGAAAUCCAGAACAUCGCCAAGGACUACAUUAACGACGAACAAGUCAGCCAGAUCGUCGCUGCCAACAAGCGGCAGCACGCCACCGCCCAACACGGUAAUUCGGCUCCCCGUCAUAACCCAACACCCAAAGAAAAUCAACGGGACCACCCCAGACCAGCCAACCGACCACCGAGAAUAGGCAAAUUCUCUAAUUACACGCCCCUAACAGCACCAAUUUCGGAGAUAUACCAUCAAAUAGCAGAUCGAGGCAUCAUCCCCAGAGCCCGACAACUCAAAGAAAGGACAGGAGGCAACAAAACCCUCUACUGUGACUACCACCGAGGUUACGGCCACAAAACACAGGAUUGUUUCGACCUUAAAGACGCUCUCGAACAAGCCAUACGAGACGGCAAACUUCCGGAAUUCGCCAAAAUCAUCAGAGAACCGAGACGCCCGGAAAGAGACAAAUCGCCGGAAAGAGAAGGGCGUAACCCGAGAACUCAAAAGCUACACCCUAGGGAGAGCCCAGAGGAAGACCCGACCAUCAUAGUGAACAUCAUCACGGGCAAGGACGUACCGAGCAAGUCAAAACUCACAAUGAAAAAAGAUCUCAAGGUAAUGGCCGUCAGAAACCAAGCCCCAAUCACCGCGACCGACAAUACGAUAACAUUCUUACCAGAGGACUGCCAACACGGCACCUCGGCCGAAGAUGCCCCUUUCGUCAUCUCAGCCAGAAUCGGAACAGGACUGGUACGAAGAAUACUGGUAGACACCGGCGCAGACUCCAACAUCCUUUUCCGAGGAGCCUUCGACAAACUCGGACUCCGUAAGGACAACCUCCAAACACACCGCCACGGCGUCACGGGACUCGGCGACAACUUUCUCAAACCAGAUGGCUCAAUUACCCUCCCCAUCACCAUAGGAACGAGCAAUAAGAAAAAAAACAAUCCUAUCUGA